AUGAGUGAUAAGGAAGAUUCUGUUGUCAGACCACCCGUAUUGGAGGCCAAUACUGGCCCGAUGGUGGUCAGUGAAGAGCUUUCAAAAGCGAAGAAGAUAAUGAGUGUCGUAAAGAGGUCAAUCACUCGCCAAUUGAACCUUCUCAAAGACGCCAUUCAUUCGGAUAAUUUGCCAUCCAGGACGCUCCUGAAGCUGAAGGUGAAGGAGGUAGAGGCCACGCUCGCCCGACUUGAAAGUACAGUCAUAGCGCUCGAUCUCGCCGAACUUUCCGAGGAAGAGCUGGAUUGGGCGCACACGUACCUGGAUGAAGAGCGAGAUAGGGUCCAGCACGCGACGGCUAGAGUGACCGACCACAUUGAGUCGAGAGCCGAUGAAGCUAGUAUCUCAUUUCAUACAGGAGACACGCAAGUGCGAUUAUUCAGACAGAGCCUGAAAGAGCGUCAUCAGUCCGAGCAAACAGAGGCGCUACAACGAGUCAAAGAAGCUGAAGAGCGUGUCCAAGAGGCCCAAGAUACCCUUAUUCAAGCAAAGGCUGCGGAGAACAUGAUUUCAGAUGCCUUGGAAGAAAUUGAACUCGGAUCUCGUGCGGGCGACUUUGUAGAACCGCUUGUUACUGAGAACGGAACCCUCGCUGGGGUAGAGUCCGGUGGUGUCACCAGUUGGAUGGCCAAUCCAGAGCUAUAUGCCAGACUUGGAGGAGGAAGUACCGGCCACGUCAAGUCAUCAAUUGAUGUCAAGAUGCCAAUAUUCUCUGGUAACCUCCUCGAGUUCCAAGAGUGGUCGAACAUGUUUGAAGCAUUGAUCCAUUCCACCAACCGAUCUCCUGCUGAAAAGAUGGGGCUUCUCAAGGCAUCAAUGAGCGAUAGGUGCAAGAAGCUCAGAGUUGGAUUUGGAAAUUCUGAAGCUCACUAUCAUUCUGCCCUACGCACUUUGCACAAAGUAUUUGGCGAUGACCAAUUGCUUGUUGAAGCCCAUCAAAGAGAGCUUGAGAACCUGCCCAAAGUGAGAGCUAAAGACUUGGAGAGUUUGUCAGACUUUGCAUUUACUGUGCAGGGUCAUGUUCUCGUCAUCCAAGAGCGAGUCCCAAGGUCCGACGUUAUUUGGGGACAACUGGAACGCACGUUGGAACGGAAAUUGGAUCAUGACCUGUUCCGAUUGUGGGAAACUCAAGUCGGCAGAACGAAGGAUAAGAAUCGGAUUGACUUCUUCUGCGAUUGGCUCCUUUCAAUGGUUCGAAGUGAUCAACGAUAUCAUGGACAAGCCUUGGUUAGUGGAAAAAGAACCGUCGUUCAAGACAGGAACCGACCAUCCCACAACCAUUCUGUCAACCUGGAGCCACAACAAUGUAUCCUGUGCUCCAAAGACCACCCGUUAGUUGAGUGCCGCGACUUCAAAAUUAUGUCCUAUGAUCAGAGAAUGGACUUUACCCUCAAAUCAGGUCUUUGCGUUGGCUGCUUAAAGCCCGGGCACAUGUUUCGCCGUUGCAGAAUGAAGAAGCGGUGCUCAAAAUGCAAUCGUUCCCAUCAUCCUCUACUCCACAAUUCCACCCAUCGAGACGAGUUAGCCAACCCUCACAUUCAAGAAGAUCGUGUGAGUAGCAACAGUGUUUCAAACGGACAAAAGGUUGUUUUAGGAGUGAUUCCAAUCAAGUGUUCAGGUCCUAAAGGAGCAUGGAUCGUUAAUGCGUUAGUGGACGAGGGAUCAGACACGACAUUCAUCAGUGAGAAUAUCCUCAAGAAGCUAGGUUUUGUGGAGACAGGCACGUCACGCACUCAAUUGACGAUCCAUGGAACGACGGCGACCACCAGCUUAGGUUCGUACAACGCCACAAUUCAAGUUGGCAAUCCAGAAACAAGUGAGACGUUCGAUCUUGAAGUCAAGUCACUUCCUGUCACUUGUAAGGGUCUCAAAGGGAUUAAUUGGGCUUCUUUGCGGGGGAGGUGGAAACACCUCGAGGACCUGUCUCUGAGUGAAAACGACGGACCAGUGCAUCUGUUAUUGGGAUUGGACUCUGGACAUUUGAUCGAACCGUUAGAGCAAAGAAGAGGUCAAAAAGGUGAGCCAUCUGCAUUUCGCACUCGCCUUGGAUGGGUUUGUAGGGGCCCAAUCAACGAACAAGCUUCAGUGAGUCAGUGUCGACACUCAAACUUUGUUCAAGACUCCAAUCUCCUUUUGGAUCAGCACCUCGAUCAAUUCUUUGCUACAGAGUCGUAUGGAGCAGAGGGUCGAGUCGCAUCUGAGACAAAGAUGAGUCUCCAAGAUGAAUACGCACUCAACAUGAUCAAGGAAAAUACCAAGAAGCUCCUGUACAAACCCGGCUAUGAAGUCAGCUUACCUUGGAUACCUGGAGUAUCUCGGCCAGAGAACAACAGGCAAUUGGCCGAAAAGAGAUUAGCAGGAUUGGAGCGUCGGUUUAUCAGGAACCCCAUCUUUGCAACGGCUUACCGAGAGUCCAUGGGAAAGACCAUUGAAAAAGGUUAUGCUGUGAAAAUUUCGAAUCCACGAGAAUUGGACCAUCCCUGUCAAGCCUUUCUUCCUCAUCAUGGUGUUUGGAAGAAAAACAAGAAAGACGUACGCGUGGUGAUGGACUCAGCUGCUCAGUUCAAGGGCAAGAGCCUUAAUGAUUGCUUGAUGUCAGGACCACCGCUGCAAAAUGAUCUCAUGGACGUGUUGCUUCGAUUCAGAGAAGGUUCAACGGCAGUAACAGGUGAUAUUGAGGCCAUGUUUAGCCGUAUUUACAUGCAUGAGGACGACGGAAGAUACCACCGAUUCUUGUGGCGAAGCAACAUUGAUGAUCCAAUUGAAACGUUCCAAAUGUCUGGUGUUGUGUUUGGAGAUAAAUCAUCACCGUGUCUGGCCAUCCACACACUUUUGCAAACUGCAGAAGAUACGCCUUGCCGGGAAGUGAUGCUCGAAGACAACGGGGGAGGUGACUCUUCGAUUGAUUUGCGGCAAAACCAGAGUAUCUCCCAAGAAACCCAUGACCAUCCCAAAACUCGAACUCCAAGCAGCAGUGUUGGCUUCUCGAUUGGCUGA